AUGCUUGUGAAGAACGGCGCAGAUAUAAAUCAUUCGAACGAUGUAGGCAAGCAGCCCUUGCAUAUAUCUUGUAGUGAUGAUCAUUAUGAAAUAGUUGAUAUGUUAUUAUCGAAAUCUGCUGUCAUUGAUGGUCGUGAUAAAGAAGGAACAACACCGCUUAUAUCUGCUUCAAAAAAUGGUCGAGCUAAGAUAAUACGACUGUUAUGUGAUAACAAAGUUGGAUGUAUCCAGGCGGAACAGACAACAUUGCUAACAAUCACCGAUACUGAAAAAAAUGGAGAAUAUUUGGUUAACAAUUUGACGCAGACAACAUUGACAUACCAUGAGGGUACAACAAACACACAACGCCCCUUUAUAGCAACGCUGAAGAAUAAAAACCACAAAGACAGUUUGAAUGUUACCAAUAAAUAUAUUCUAACAGAAAUUGGUGACCGCAAAACAGUCGUUGUCAUAGUUGGGAUUACUUCGUUUUUGAUCCUUGUUUUCAUAUGCGUUUUGAUUGUGUAUUGCAUACGUAGAAAACUCCGACCUCGAAAAUUCUUCCAUGUCAUACCGAACAUUUCCCCCGGUCAACAAGAUUUUAACGGACAUAGAAAUUCACUUCAUUAUGAUAUUGAAGACGAUAUUAACGAUUAUGCAGAAAUUGACGAAGAGAGAAUGUGUCCCGACUCGCCAUACUCAGAUCAAACUAGUAGCGACUCGAAUUUAAGUUCUUCGAACAAAGAGUCUAAAGAAAGUGUGAACGAUGGGUACAUAAAUCCAUAUCAUUCGUUAAUAACCGACUCUAAAAUAAAACUAAACAGUGAAGUAGUAUUUGAACAAGAAGACAAAGAAGAAGACGAACAACUAAAGAACUAUUCAAAACUGGAAAAUACUGUAAUCUCUGAAAAGGAAGAAAAAACAAACGACAAUCCCGCAAAAGUUAUUUAUCUAGAGUUAGAAGACAUGAACAAUGCCGAGAUUAAGCCAGUGGUUGUUUGUGAGAAUGGAGAUAAAAAGGAAGAUGCAAUUGAACAUCAUGUUGAAUGGACCUUCAAAAGGUUAAACACAAUGUAA